CCACCAUGGUUGCUCUACUCCCUCCUUCUUCCUCUUCACUGAUGCUGUUGAAUUUGUAUAUAAUAACUUGAACAGGAGAGCUUCUUCACUCAUAAUUCCGUUUCCGAUCGUUACACUCCGCAGAAACUUCGUCCUAUGGCGUCACUCUCCAGCUGUUCGAGCCUCUCUCUGUUCGUUCGCGAUCGAGGCAAUCGGAAUGACGCCACGUUUGCUAAGAAGUUGUUUGUUAAGUUAGCCAGACCAGUGAGGUUUAGUCGGAAUCAAGUGAGUUACGGUUCUUCAAAACUGAAGAGUUUUGGAGUUGGAGUGGUGCGCGCCUCUGCGGAGGUGGUGGUGGAAGAGGCGGUCGUAGAUAGAGAAGAGAAGAGGCGCAUUUUGAGAGUUGGCGUAAUUUGUGGAGGUCCAUCGGCGGAGCGUGGAAUUUCUCUGAAUUCUGCUCGAUCAGUUCUCGAUCACAUACAGGGAGAGGAUUUGUGUGUGAGCUGCUAUUAUAUUGACUGUGAUCUUAAUGCCUAUGCAAUAUCCUCUGCUCAGGUAUACUCAAAUACUCCUGCAGAUUUUGAUUUUAAACUCGAAAGCCUUGCACAGUGUUUCCAAUCAUUGUCUGACUUUGCAGAGCACCUUGCUGCCUCUGCGGACAUAGUUUUCCCUGUUAUACAUGGUCGGUUUGGUGAAGAUGGUGGUAUUCAGGAGUUGUUGGAAAGAUAUAAUGUUCCAUUUAUUGGCACAGGAUCAAAUGAGUGUCGCCAAGCAUUUGACAAGGGAACUGAAGCAAUUGAACCUGAAUUAUCCAAGUGGUUUGCGAGAAAUCAGUUGGACUUUAACUCAGGGAAAGUUGUGGUAAAACCCACAAGAGCGGGAUCAAGCAUUGGUGUCACUGUUGGGUAUGGAGUUGCUGAUUCUCUUCAAAAGGCUAAAGAAAUUAUUUCAAAGGGGAUUGAUGAUAGAGUCCUCAUUGAGUUAUUUCUUGAAGGAGGGAGUGAAUUUACUGCCAUUGUCCUUGAUGUGGGGUCUGGUUUUGAUUGCCAUCCUGUGGUGCUACUGCCAACUGAGGUGGCGCUUCAAUUUCAUGGUAGUGGUGAUGUAAAAGAGAAGGAUGCUAUUUUCAAUUAUCGGAGGAAGUAUCUUCCCACACAACAGGUUGCCUACCACACUCCUCCUCGUUUUCCUGUUGAUGUAAUUGAAAGUAUUCGUGAAGGCGCAUCUCUGUUAUUUCAACGACUUGGCCUACGUGAUUUUGCUCGGAUUGAUGGAUGGUUUUUGCCUUCUACCACUUAUUUCUUAUCUUCUUCUGAAAACAAAUUUGGAAAGACUGAAUCGGGUACAAUUUUAUUUACUGACAUUAACCUGAUUAGUGGGAUGGAACAGACCAGUUUUUUGUUUCAGCAAGCUUCCAAGGUUGGAUUUUCUCACUCAAACAUUCUGCGUAGCAUUAUCCAUCGUGCUUGCUUGAGGUUCCCCAAGCUUGCAACAUAUAGUAGUAAAUCAAGUCAUGCACCUAGAAGAUUGAGAUCCUCAAAGCCUACUGAUACAUCCAAACAACUUCAAGGCAUUCGUAAAGUUUUUGUCAUCUUUGGAGGAGACACAUCAGAGCGGCAAGUAUCCCUCAUGAGUGGAACAAAUGUUUGGCUCAACUUACUGGCAUUUGAUGAUCUGGAUGUAACGCCUUGUUUGCUUGCUUCUCGAAUUGACCAUUCAUCUGGUGCAGAUUCUGCUAAAAAUGAUUCUGAUGUCAGUUCCAGAGCAGUUUGGUCAUUACCUUACUCUCUUGUGUUGAGACACACUACAGAGGAAGUUCUUGAUGCAUGUUUGGAGGCAAUUGAACCAGCUCGGGCUGCCUUGACAUCGCACUUACGAAACCAAGUUAUGAAUGAUCUCAUGGAUGGUUUGAAGAAACAAAGUUGGUUUAGAGGAUUUGACAUAGCUGAUGAACAGCCUGUGAGAUUUUCAUUGAAGGAGUGGAUCAAGCUUGCCAAAGAAGUUCAAGCAACUGUUUUCAUUGCAGUACAUGGAGGCAUUGGUGAAGAUGGUACACUUCAGUCAUUACUGGAGGCUGAAGGAGUUCCUUACACAGGUCCUGGUGUAAUGGCAUCCAAGAUUUGCAUGGAUAAAGUUGCAACAUCUCUGGCUCUAAAUCAUCUGGUGGACAGGGGAGUUCUUACAAUAAAUAAAGAGGUGAAACAAAAAGAGGAUUUAUUUAAGAUGCCAAUAGUUCAGAUUUGGGAUGACUUGCUCUCAAAGCUUCAGUGUGAAACAUUAUGUGUUAAACCAGCACGGGAUGGAUGCUCUACUGGUGUUGCAAGAUUAUGUGGUGCAGAGGACCUCGCAGUGUAUGUAAAAGCCUUGAAGGACUGCCUUUUGAGAAUUCCUCCUAACAGUUUUUCUAAGGCACAUGGGAUGAUUGAGAUGCCCAACCCUCCUCCUGAAGUCCUGAUUUUUGAACCUUUUGUGGAGACAGAUGAUAUUGUUGUUUUAUCUACAUCUACUAAUGGAAAUGCACAAAGGCUCAAGUGGAAAGGACAGAGCCAAUGGGUAGAAGUGACGGUUGGUGUUAUUGGGAAACGUGGAAUGAUGCACUCAUUGAGUCCUAGUAUUACUGUCAAGGAAACUGGUGACAUUUUGUCACUUGAGGAGAAAUUUCAAGGUCAUUGAAGUGUAGAUUGUCAUGACUUUUUGAGUAAUAUUUUUUUUCUUUGUUUUUUACGUUCUGCUUGCAGGUCAGCAUCGUGCUAAUUUAAUGUCUUUGAGAAAUUUCUUGAAGCAUGUAAAAAUGAAACAACUAAUUGGAUAAGGAGAUGAGACUGCCAGCCUCCCAUCUGCUCUACUUGCUAUCGUUAGAGUGCUUUUCUGGUGCUCAGUUAGACAUGAUUAUGCAUAUUUUUUCCAUCAUGCUUUACAUGGUUUGUCCCACAUAUGCUUUUGUGUGAAAUGGAUUUUCUGGCAUACUCAUGUAGUUUUUGAUUGACAGGUGGAACAGGCAUCAAUCUUACCCCACCGCCUACAUCAAUCAUAAGUAACGAAGCUCUGGAGCAAUGUGAAAAACGUAUUGAAUUGAUUGCUAAUACACUGCAAUUGGAAGGAUUUUCAAGAAUUGAUGCAUUUGUUAAUGUUGAUAGUGGAGAGGUCCUGGUCAUUGAGGCCAACACUGUGCCCGGAAUGACUCCUUCAACAGUUUUGAUUCACCAGGCACUAGCAGAGCAACCUCCCAUGUAUCCUCAUCGGUUUUUCCGCACCCUCCUUGAUUUGGCAUCAGAAAGAGUCAUCUAAAAUUGUAUAUUCACUCUUUUGUUUUUUAAAAUUGUUGGCUUGAGGCAUCCGUAUGAAAGAGUCAAUUGGAGUUGAUUGUUAUAUUGCAAGUGUGUUGUAACAAGCAGAUGGCACUCGAAAGACGUUAGAUUUAUUCGGAACUGGAAUUUAAGAUUUUUUUUUUUUUUAUUGAGUGCAGAACUGCUUUCGCUAUGAUUUCUGGAUUUCGUUUUCCCUCUGGUGAGAACAUUUUAGGUACAUUUUUAAUAUUUUUUAGGCCAAGUUAGUGAUUUUA